AUGUCUUAUCCCGACCUCACGCCGACUCUCACCCCUCAAAAGCCCUUACCCGGUGCUUAUUUCCAGACUCCUGCACCCACCGUUGCGGCGGCGGCGCCUAGUUUCUCGCCAAAGCCUGUCGCGGCCCCCGCGGAGCAACAACCAGCUUCACCGGUUGCGCUUCCCAGACUCCCCCCAGCCACGUUCAAGCCCAAGACCCAGGCGUUGAGCACAGAGGAGCGUGCUGCAGGAACAGUGAACGACACUCUUGCUCAAGAGGCCCGUUAUCCUGAUCUGGAUAGCUAUUUGUCCCGUAUCUCGUCUGACUACGAUAUACCCGCGUCACAAUCAUGGGCUCCCUUUCAGAAAGUGAAGAUGUACAACAUCCCCGAUCAGAUCUUCGACCAAUACAACCGAGCGCAGGUGUCGACAAGCAUGGGACUCUUCGCUGAGUUGAACCACGCCUGGGUUGCCAUUGACAAUGCACUUUACAUCUGGGAUUAUACACAUCCUAACCCUCAGUUAGUUGGGUUUGAAGACCAACCGAACAGCAUCAACACGGUUAAGCUGGCGAAACCCCGAGCUGGUGUGUUCUUGCCUUCAAUCACGCACAUCCUCGUAGUAUCGACAACGGCAGACGUCAUUUUGCUUGGUAUGGGCUGUGAGACUACGGCUGGAGGCGCGCGGCAAGUCACAUUAUACCAGACGGGCAUGUCAACAUCGAUUCGUGGCUUGGAUAUUCAUGUCAUCGCCUCCUCGGACUCGACCGGUCGCGUCUUCUUCGGUGGCACUUCGGACAAUGAUGUUUAUGAACUCGUCUAUCAGCAGGAGGAGAAAUGGUUCCAAGGCCGUUGUUCGAAGGUCAACCACACUAGCUCUCGUCUAUCCGCAUUCACGCCGAGCCUGAGUUUCACCCAAAAAUCGUUCGAAAAUGUGGAGCAAAUGGAAAUCGACGACACAAGAAAGCUACUGUACACGCUAUCAUCAUCCUCCACCAUUCGCGUCUUCCACAUGAAGCCAGACGGCAGCCUUGCUUUGGUGAUCACGAAGCCAGCCCUCGACAUCUAUGCCAACAUCGGACACAUCAUCGCGUCUAAUGAGACCCUGAAUCCCAAAGUUCCCAUCGUUUCCAUCAGUCCCAUCCCAGCCGCCGAGGCCUCUAGGUACCAUUUGAUGGCCACAACUGCAACAGGCUAUCGCAUUUAUCUUAGCGCCACCGGCUCCUUCACCUGGUCUUCUGCACCGAACGGCACCAACGCACCUACAAGUAUGCAGGCCCAUCAUGUCAAGACGCCGCCGUAUGACGGCGCUUCCGCUGCUCAACUCCCCCCGAGCCUUCAGAAUCAACCGCGUUUCCAAACCACAGUAACGGCCAGGGUGCCGAUCAACACCCUGCAGCCUACCAGAUUUACUGUUCGUUACCCUCCAGGUUAUUUUCUGUGUUUCACAUGUAAGGACUCCACAAACAAGUCAGACACCCUUUUCAUUUCGGCCCCCGAUUCUGGGCGCGUUGCUCGCUCUCAGGAAAGCGUAAUUCCUGGAAAGGCUGGUGAAACUGCUGUCUGGCUCUCUUUGGGUAGCAGGGCUGAAGACGUGGGUCUCUGCUCUCCCACUACCCCAGCCACGAGCACUCCUGGAGGAUUCGGAAAUGAAUUGGCUGUGCAGUUCGAUAACCCGGCGGCUGAAAUCGCCAUUCUGACGAACACUGGCAUCCACGUUAUUCGGAGAAGGCGUCUUGUUGAUGUCUUCGCGGCGUUGGUGCGUAGUGGUGGUACUGGCGACGAAGGAUUGGAGGGAGAAGUUAAGAACUUCAUUCGCACCUAUGGCCGCAGCGAAACGCUUGCCACUGCUCUUGCAGUCGCUUGUGGUCAGGGUGUUGAGAUCUCGUCUGACUCACGACUAACACAGAUUAAUGACCCCGAUGUCCUGGAGUUUGCGCGCAAGGUCUUCAUCGAGUACGGUGGCCGACCGACCAUGAAUGAGAAUGCCGUCGCUGAUAGCACUACGCUCGCUAUUGACGCAGUUGUUCCGUCCCCGCGUCAUGCAGGCAUUGCUCUCUACAUCUCCAGGCUGCUGCGGUCGAUCUGGAAGAAGGAGAUUGCAAAGGUUGGCAUUGCUCCCAAUGGUGCUCAGACAGUCGCAUCUUCCGUUUCUGCUUCCAAACUGCAGGCCGUGCAAAGGGAUCUUUUGGCUCUGCAGGAGUUUUUUAAAUCCAACAAGAGCUUCAUCGAGGGGUUAAGCGGCCCCGAGGCUUUGACGCGGGUAUCCACGAAGCAGGAGGAAACUGCAUUGCAGGCGGAGCACCGCGCCCUUCAUUCUCUGGUCCAACUUGUAUCCCACACCAUCGAGGGUAUCUCGUUCGUUCUGGUUCUCUUCGACGAGCGAGUGGACGAAAUUGUGGCAUCUCUGCCGGCAGAGUCGAAGGAACGCUUCCUGAAGCUUACCUUCGAGGAGCUCUUCAGUACCAACAAGGGUCAUGACAUGGCCAAGGAGCUCGUGAAGGGAAUCGUCAACCGCAACAUCGCAAAGGGUUCUAAUGUGGAAACGGUGGCCGACGCCCUCCGACGCCGUUGUGGCAGCUUCUGCAGCGCUGAAGAUGUAGUGAUCUUCAAGGCCCAGGAGCUUCUGAAGAGAGCUACCGAAGCCGGUUACAACUCGGAACUUGGUCGCAAUCUGCUCAAUGAGAGUCUCCACCUGUUCCAGCAGGUCUCUGACAACUUGCCUAUGGAUUACCUGAUUUCCGCGGUGGAAAGCUACAUUUUUAACCAAUUUUUUGCCGGUGCGAUUCAGCUCGCUCUAAACGUGGCUGCUCGUUCAGACAAGGCCAACAUGGCACUUUCAUGGAUCGUCGAUGGACGGCCAGAGGAGGACACCCGCAAGGACUAUUUCUACUACCGCAAGCAAUGUUAUGACCUUAUCUUCAAGGUUAUUCUCGCCGUUGACAGCCUCGCUGCUCACGAUCCCGGCCGCAAGAAUGAGGCAUAUGGUGUCGUUUCCGACUCGACGGAUGAGGUGUUUUUGACGAGUUUGUACGAUUGGUAUUUGGAGCAAGGCUGGAGCGAUCGUCUGCUGCAGACCAACUCGUCUUUCGUUGUCACCUACCUUGAGCGCAAAUCAGCAGACGACCUUGCUCACGCGGAUCUACUUUGGCGGUACUUUGCUCAGUCGCAGCGAUUCUUUGAGGCAGCCAAGGUGCAAUUGGAUCUGGCUCAGAGCGCGUUCACCCUCCCCCUCAGUCGUCGCAUCGAGUACUUGGGCCGAGCCAGGGCCAACGCCUCCACAUUUACGCCCGACACUAGCCGGCAAGCCCGACAGCGACUGGUGCAGGAAACUUCCAACCUUAUUGACAUUGCAAACAUCCAGGACGAUCUCCUGCAACGCCUAAAGGACGACAGGCGCAUCGCGCCGGAACGCCGGGCGGAAGUUCUCAAGGAUGUGGACGGACCCAUCAAGGACAUUAGCACUCUGUUCAACCAAUACGCCGACCCUGCCAGCUACUAUGACAUCUGUCUCCAGAUAUUCUUCCUGGCCGACCACCGUAACCCAGCCGACAUCCGAGCGACCUGGCAACACCUCCUACAAGACCUGCACGAUGAGGUCCUCGAACGGGGUGAGCCCAUCCCCUACGAGGCCGUAAUCGACAAAGUCCGCAGUUUGGGCAGCCGUCUGCGCAUGUCCGAGUCUGUGUUCCCAAUUCCCAGUCUCCUACCCAUGCUCGAGCGCUAUGCCCUGGAACACCAGCGUGGUGUCGGCCCUGCUACUUGGGUCAUUGACCUCUUCCUCGAUCUUGGCGUUGCCCACGAGACUCUCUACGCCGUCCUCGAAUCCAUGUACUACACCGACGAAGCUCCCUUCCAAGGUUCCAACAAGAAGUACAUUGCCAAGGAUCUCCUCUACCUGAUUGAGCACUGGUUCCACGACACGGUCCGUCUCGGCGGCGUCGUCUUCGGAAGCGACCUCGUCGCUGAGCGCAUCCUCGAAACCCUCCUUCUCCUCCAGCAGGGAGGUAUCACUCCAGAGCAAGUCCAGCUGGCGCAAGAAUUGCGGACGAGAAUCGAUGAUAUCCUGCGGUGA